UUGUGUUUGAAAUAAAAGUUUGGUGUGACGGGUUUAAUCGUGUUUUUGUUCGUCGUUUCCAUACCAAGAGGAUCCCAUAAGAAGUAGCGACUUAUUCUGAAUUUACCGCUUAAAUGUGUAAUCAGUGCGCAAGUUAAAAGUUGUUUUUCGAAUCAGCUGAUACCAUAGCCGUCUCAUUGUUUGAAAUGAAAGUGAUAAUUUGUUCUGUGGUGAUUAUUGAUUACUAGGAGAGAAAAACAACUUCACAACUUUUCAAUAAACUAAAUAAUGGUAUCUUUUACUGCUAGUAGUGCAAAAAGAAUUAUUAAUUACAUUACUGUGACAAACUAUUAAUUCAUAGGCCUUUUUCAUUUAUUCACUAUUUUCAAUUUAUCAAUAAUUAAAAAAAAACUGUUCUGAAAUACUGAAUUUUAGUUUGUAUUUCCCUGAACUAGUGUAUUUAUAAAUAGAGGAUAACAUGUGUGUGUGUGUGAAUGAAUUCCUACUUUUAUCAUUCUCAUUGAUCACAAAAGCGCAGGGUAAAAAGUUGUUUUCUUUGUGAUAACUGUGCCUCUGGUUUAAUUAAACACCAAUGUUAAAAUUGCAAGAUAGAAUGUAAUGAAAUAUUUGUAUGAAAUAAUCUCGCAACCAUGGUUAAAAGUUGGUUCUUUGUGGUAACUGUGCCUUUGGUUCUGUGUUCAGAACCCAACAUUGUUGUGGUACCGAAAUUUGGGAGUGUGUCACAAGUGAUGGAAUUCACAUUGAAUAACACCAUCAAAUAUUUGCUUCUUUUCCACCCUGAUAACACCUCCAAUCCUUACUCCAUCAAAGCUUGGAGUGAUUCAUCGUCACAAUAUAACCCAAUUUUGAUCGUUGUUAAUCAAGGAAUGGACACUUUGUCAUGGUCGGUACCAUUUUCCAUCAAUCAAACCGAAGUUUACUAUAACACUUCCCGGACUUUGUGCGACUCAAAUAUCAAAAAUUUUACUAUCACUUUAUCAACUUUGUCACCAAAUAACACAAAAGUGUCGGUUUUUGUCACAGAGGAACGUUUUUUUCACAUAGUGAAUGGCAAAACGCACACUAUUGAAAUUUUACCGAGCGAACCUCGAUAUUUUUCCUACGACUACGUCCCUAAGAGUAACACUUCUAUUGUUACUAUAGAAAUUGACUCUGACGAUGAGACUUGUCUGAAGGUUUCAGUUCAGAAACAUGAAGUAAGUGCAGCUUUGGUGAAAUUGUGGUUAGAUUUACUUUUUCAGUGUCCAGUKRUGGACUCGAAUAAUUURAUCAAUUAUCAAGGUUUCCACCAGACGAUUCUGACAAAAGGCGGCAUGAGGAUUAGAAAAAAAUACUACCCUGGUGGUUUCUUUCUCCUGUUUCUUGUAGUUGAAGAUGAAAUGUGUAACAAAAAAUAUCGGCCAUUUCUUCUCAAUCAGAAACAAUCCUCCAUAGUUCAUUUCACGGUUAUUGAAAAUAUAGAAAACAAACAUUAUUACCUGAAAUCAAUUUUUGGAGUUCUCGGUUGCCUUAUUGCAUUCAGUGCUGUUGCAAUUGGCACAUUUCUUGUUUUUGAAAAAUAUAGAAGAAAAAUUUGGGAAAAUAUUCAAGUAAUUUUGAUUAAUAUCAAUGAAGAGGAGCAAGAAAUUUGUGAAGAUACGGAUGAAAAUAAUCAGCAAAUUUCAACAAAUGCUGAUGAAGAAAAAGACGAGCAGUGUUUAGCCAAUUUUUCGCAAAAAAUCGAAAAGAACCAAAAACGAUCAAUGAACUAUCUGUGGCAAAURCUAAAUGUUGGUCUUUUUUACUUAAUUCCAGCCAUCCAACUUGUGGUCACACUUCAAUCACUUCUCAUCCAAACUGGAGAUUUCGACAUGUGUUACUACAAUUUCCGAUGRGCCAAUCCGCUUUGGAUUUUUUCAGAUUUUAAUCACGUUUUUUCAAACAUUGGGUAUAUCGUAGCGGGAAUUUUAUUUUGCUUCAAUGUCUUCUAUCGUCAUUUUUARUCACCACCAUUGAACAUCGGAGUACCAGCGAAUUAUGGUGUGUUUUACGCCAUGGGUGUUGCGUUAAUUAUCGAAGGUGUUUUGUCAGGGUGUUACCACUUGUGUCCCAAUGAACCAAAUUUCCAAUUUGAUACGAGUUUCAUGUAUGUCAUGGUUGUGCUGUGUUUGGUGAAGUUGUACCAAAAUCGACAUUCGGAUGUCACACCGACGGCUUAUACCACUUUUAGUAUACUGGGAGGAACGAUUUUGUGUGGCACACUUGGGAUUUUGUUCGAGAGCCAUUUCAUCGUUGUCGUUCUUGUAAGCAUCGUCUAUUUCGCAUUGUCGGUUUACUUAUUUUUGAACAUUUAUUCCUUCGGUGCUGCUCGUGAUGUUUUGCGACGUUUUUUUCGGCAAGACUACGAAGUCCAAAAUCCUGUCCAAACACCAAACAAAGCGCGUUGGUGGUUAUUGUUAAUUGCAAAAACCAUCAAUAUUUUGUUAUUCGCAGUGGGACUAACUCUGGUGCUCACACACAAAAUCGAUUUUGGGACUUUUCUUUUACUAAUUUUAGCAGGCAAUGCUAUACUAUACACUCUGAUGUAUACAAUCAUGAAGUUAAUUUAUUGUGAGUGUGGAUUAACUUCCAUUCAAGGAGUGAUUUAUGGGGUUCUAGCAGUGGCAACUUGGAUCCCAGCUGGAGUGUUCUUCUUCAACCAGAGCUCAAAAUGGACUGAAAGUCCAGCCCAAUCCCGCCAACUCAACCAACAAUGCAUCUUCGCGGACUUCUUCGACAGCCACGACCUCUGGCACUUUCUCAGCUCUUUAGCACUUUAUUUCACUUUCAUGUUCUUGUUAUGUAUCGACGACAACCUUUACGAAAGACGCACAAAUAUCCCUUUAUUCUAAAAUAAAUA